UUCCUCCGCGCUCGCGUUCGGUCGUUCCAAGAACUGCAAUACUUUGUAGUUAAAGUGUUUUUUCACUAAAUUGCGGUGCUUUAACGAAGUAAAACGGCUUGUUGUGUGUUGUGAUAUGAAGUGGGAGUAUAAGGAAGAACAUGCUUUUGAAAAACGGCGAGCAGAAGGCGAGAAGAUUCGCGGAAAAUACCCUGAUAGAGUUCCAGUAAUUGUUGAAAAGGCUCCCAAAGCCAGAAUUGGAAAUUUGGACAAAAAGAAAUAUCUUGUGCCUUCUGAUUUAACAGUUGGCCAAUUCUAUUUCCUCAUUCGAAAACGUAUCCAUUUACGGCCAGAGGAUGCUCUGUUCUUCUUUGUAAAUAACGUUAUUCCACCAACAAGUGCAACAAUGGGACAGUUAUACCAGGAACACCACGAAGAGGACUUUUUCCUUUAUAUUGCUUAUAGUGAUGAAAGUGUUUAUGGCAGCUUUUGAAUGAUGUGAAAUAGCAUUAACAUUUUGUAUAUAGUACAAUGACAGAUAGCAAUAGUCUUUGAUUGAUAUGUAAUGAUAAAUAGGGAACCCAGUCGUGUUUGCAGUAGAAUAAAAUCAACGAAUUUAUUCUGUUUUGAAUGACUUCUGUGAGUACAUUUUAGGAUACAUACAGUACAUAUUUAUCAGUUUAAUACAACAGGUUAAAAAAGUAAUUUAAUGUAUGGUUUAUCAUCUAUUAAGUAUAAAUGACACUGCCUAUUGUU